UGGGUGCAGAAGCUGCCGCAGCCCCGUCGGCCACUGCCGCCUCCCCCAAUCCGGAUACCCAUUGUCUCCCACUCCACCUGGCCCUCCACCUCCCACACAACCAUGGCGCACGAAACCGGGAGGAGCUCUCGUCUCGGGGGGCCCUGCGGGGAGCCGGCGGAGCUUGGAGGUGAUGCUAGCGAGGAGGACCACCCCCAAGUCUGUGCCAAGUGCUGCGCACAAUUCACUGACCCAGCUGAAUUCCUCGCCCACCAGAAUGCAUGUUCUCCUGACCCCCCUGUAAUGGUGAUAAUUGGGGGCCAGGAGAACCCCAACAACUCUUCGACCUCUUCUGAACCCCGGCCUGAGGGCCACAGCAGUCCCCAGGUCAUGGAGGCUGAGCAGAGCAACCCUUCGGAUUCCGGGUCCUCUGUACCCACAGAUCCCACCUGGGGCCCAGAGCGGAGGGGAGAGGAGUCUUCGGGGCACUUUCUCGUAGCUGCCACAGGUACAGCAGCUGGGGGAGGUGGGGGCCUGAUCUUGGCCAGCCCUAAGCUAGGAGCAACUCCAUUACCUCCAGAAUCCACUCCUGCACCCCCACCGCCUCCACCUCCUCCUCCGCCCCCAGGUGUAGGCAGCGGCCACUUGAACAUCCCUCUGAUCUUGGAAGAGCUCCGGGUACUGCAGCAGCGGCAGAUCCAUCAGAUGCAGAUGACCGAGCAAAUCUGCCGGCAGGUGCUGCUGCUUGGCUCCUUAGGCCAGACAGUGGGCACCCCUUCCAGCCCCUCCGAGUUACCUGGGACAGCCUCCGUCUCCUCCACCAAGCCCUUGCUCCCCCUCUUCAGCCCCAUCAAGCCUGUCCAAACUGGCAAGACACUGGCGCCUUCCUCCACCUCCUCCUCCUCAGGGGCGGAAACACCCAAGCAGGCUUUCUUCCACCUUUAUCAUCCACUGGGGUCACAGCACCCUUUUGCUGCCGGAGGGGUCGGGCGAAGCCACAAACCCACCCCUGCCCCCUCCCCGGCCCUGUCAGGCAGCACAGAUCAGCUGAUUGCCUCGCCUCAUCUGGCAUUCCCAGGCACCACGGGACUACUGGCAGCACAGUGUCUUGGGGCAGCCCGGGGCCUCGAGGCUACUGCUUCCCCAGGGCUCCUGAAGCCAAAGAAUGGAGGUGGUGAGCUGGGCUAUGGGGAAUUGGUGGGUCCCUUGGAGAAGCCUGGUGGACGGCACAAAUGCCGCUUCUGUGCCAAAGUAUUUGGCAGUGACAGUGCCCUGCAGAUCCACCUGCGUUCCCACACAGGUGAGAGGCCCUAUAAGUGUAAUGUCUGUGGCAACCGCUUUACCACGCGUGGCAACCUCAAAGUGCAUUUCCACCGGCAUCGGGAGAAGUACCCGCACGUGCAGAUGAACCCUCACCCGGUACCAGAGCAUCUGGACUACGUCAUCACCAGCAGCGGCCUGCCCUAUGGUAUGUCCGUGCCGCCAGAGAAGGCCGAGGAGGAGGUGGCCAUGCCAGGUGGCGGUGUGGAACGCAAGCCUCUGGUGGCCUCCACCACGGCACUCAGUGCCACAGAGAGCCUGACGCUGCUCUCCACCGGGGCAGGCACAGCCACGGCUCCUGCGCUCCCUGCUUUCAAUAAGUUCGUGCUCAUGAAAGCGGUAGAGCCGAAGAGUAAAGCUGAUGAAAACACCCCACCCGGGAGCGAGGGCUCAGCCAUCGCUGGGGUGGCAGAAAGUGGCACAGCAACCCGCAUGCAGCUAAGUAAGCUGGUGACUUCGCUACCCAGCUGGGCCCUGCUUACCAACCACUUUAAGUCCACUGGUAGCUUCCCCUUUCCUUAUGUGCUAGAGCCCUUGGGGGCUUCGCCCUCUGAGACCUCCAAGCUGCAGCAACUGGUAGAGAAGAUCGAUCGUCAAGGAGCCGUGGCAGUGGCCUCUACUGCUUCGGGAGCCUCCACAACCUCUGCCCCUGCAACUUCAUCCUCAGCCUCAUCGGGACCUAACCAGUGUGUCAUUUGUCUUCGGGUGCUGAGCUGUCCUCGAGCGCUGCGCCUGCAUUACGGCCAACAUGGAGGUGAGCGGCCCUUUAAAUGCAAAGUGUGUGGCAGAGCUUUCUCUACCCGGGGCAAUCUGCGUGCACAUUUUGUGGGCCACAAGGCUAGUCCAGCUGCCCGGGCCCAGAACUCCUGCCCCAUUUGCCAGAAGAAGUUCACCAAUGCUGUUACUCUGCAGCAGCAUGUUCGGAUGCACCUGGGGGGCCAGAUCCCCAACGGUGGUACCACGCUCCCUGAAGGUGGGGGAACUGCCCAGGAGAACGGCCCUGAGCAGUCUGCAGUCUCCGGGGCGGGGAGCUUCCCCCAGCAGCCAUCCCAGCAGCCAUCCCCAGAAGAGGAGUUGUCCGAAGAGGAAGAAGAGGACGAAGAAGAAGAGGAAGACGUGACUGAUGAAGAUUCCCUGGCAGGGAGAGGCUCCGAGAGUGGAGGUGAGAAGGCGAUAUCAGUGCGUGGUGAUUCAGAAGAGGCCUCCGGGGCAGAGGAGGAAGUGGGAACUGUGGUGGCAGCGGCCACAGCUGGGAAGGAGAUGGACAGUAAUGAGAAAACGAUUCAACAGCCUUCUCUGCCGCCGCCGCCUGACAGCCUGGAUCGAACGCAGCCAGUGGAGCAGGGCGGCAGUGAUAUUGCAGGAGGCACAGAAGAGGGGGGCAAACCGGAGAGGAGCACCAGCCCUGUGUCAGCGUUGGCCCUAGAAGGGGAAGGCAGCAGCCCCACCUUGGUGGAGGAGCUGAGCCUGCAGGAAGCGAUGAGAAAGGAGCCCGGAGAGAGCAGUAGCAGAAAGGCCUGUGAGGUGUGUGGCCAGACCUUUCCCACCCAGGCAGCUCUGGAGGAGCAUCAGAAGACCCACCCCAAGGAGGGGCCGCUCUUCACUUGUGUCUUCUGCAGGCAGGGCUUUCUCGAACGGGCUACGCUCAAGAAGCAUAUGCUGCUGGCUCACCACCAGGUACAGCCCUUUGCCCCCCACGGCCCUCAGAAUAUUGCUGCUCUUUCUUUGGUCCCUGGCUGCUCAUCUUCCAUUACUUCCCCAGGGCUCUCCCCCUUUCCCCGAAAAGAUGACCCCACGAUCCCAUGAGCCUGUUUUUCUGAACCUGCUGCCCCUUGACCCGGGGGGCAGAAACUGAGAGCUCUGUAGAAGGACCUCCAAGAUCUAUGAGCCCUUAUUUGUCUGUUUCUCUGAGUUCUUCUAUGAUGUAGCCCUAGUGGCUUUUCUCUAAUCCCUGAGCUUUGAAAUCCUUGUGCUCACAGGCGAAUGGCCCCCUGAGAAACUUUUCUUUCCUCUUCAUUCAUUGUACCUGAGGAAAAUAGAUUCUCUACAGCUUUCACGUUCCCAAGAAGAACCCUCUCCACCUUCCCUGGGAAUGACCCUUCUACCCUCUCCUCUCCCUUUCCCUUUGGCAGGUGCAUUUGAGCACCCACAUUUGGAAUUACAGCCCAGCCUGAAGGGGCCAGCAGCUGUCCCUGGAGGGCCUAGGGCCACUCCUCUCUGGUGACCAGGUCAACCUGCAGGACUUCUUGUCCCAGGGCAUUCCUGCCCAGCUGGUGAGGGUGGGCUCCCUGUCUUGCUGAAACCAGGACACGGCUUUACUGUCAAGUGACCUGCCCACCAAGCCCCAGAGUUCCAGCUCUAUCUCCAUCUCCACUACCCCUUCA